CGUCACUUCUAUGAUAUAAGUGCAUAUAAAACGCUAUCAAUAAUUUAACUGGUCUAACAGAAUCAGAACCGGCCUGAUUCACUGCUGGGAAUAUCAGAACGGCCGACGUUUGAGGUAUACUUUCUGAGACGAAGAUUUUAGGGAGUGAAUGAUAACCCGGCCGCCCACGAGAACAGAACGGACUCAGAAACUGGAACGACAAAACCCGGGCAGAUUAACCGUAAAUUAAUCGAAUCACCUAUCGAGAAAAUAACCCCGCACCAAAUGCAGGUACCAAACCAUCCAGAAACGCUAUUAUGCAAAUGGGUUGCAGAUUUGAAAUUUAGAUGCAAUUUCAGAGUGUAUGAUCAGGCGUAAAGCGGCGAUUUCAACUCUGGGAGCGAAGGAAUUACGAGCGCGGAGGGGCUUUCAAGGAUUAACCAGUAAACAUCGAGGCAGUGGAUGACUAUUACGAUUGUAAAUUAAUUGCAAUGAAUUUCUUCACCUCGAUGUACCACUAACUCAACAAAACGUAUCAGAUAUUAUAAUUUUGAUUCAUUCGAGAGAUUUGCUGCGCGCACAUUUGAAACACAAGCUGGCCAGAAUCGGACCAAAAGAAUAAUCUCAGGAAAAGAUGCCGUUUGGAAACAUGAACGCGCUGAGAGACAGCGUCCUGCGACCAUCUAUAGAUAAAUGUAAUAGGGCCACCGAGGUCGCAAAGUUAACAUUCCGAAGAUUUGUUGGGGGAGGAGGAGAACACGAAAAAAAUAAUUUUGCGAGACAAAACAGCACAACAAGUUAUGGCGUCACCGACGAAGUUGCGUGCGCAGAGGGGCCCUCCGAAUUCCGACAAAAAUAUAAUAGCCGGACAAUGUGUCCCUGUUGUCAGACGUGCUGUCCAUGCUAUUGUCCAAGAAGAUACCUGAUGUCCGUGCUCUGCAGCAUUGGCUUCCUCAUUUCGUUUGGCAUUAGGUGUAACAUGGGAGUCGCAAUUGUACAAAUGACGUCAAAUGGAACGUCACACGCUGAACACCUGAAACCAGCACAAAACAAAAGUGAAACUGUUAUAAAAUCCAUGCCACCAGAAUUUAGCUGGACGCCAGAGACUAUUGGGCUCGUUGAUAGCUCUUUCUUCUGGGGUUAUAUCAUAACACAGAUCCCUGGGGGCUAUUUAGCGUCGAGGUUGCCAGCAAAUAUGGUGUUUGGCACUGCGAUUGCUGUCUCAUCCUUCCUUAAUCUCAUGAUACCAGGGGCUGCACAGGUCCACUACGGACUCGUUAUGUUUGUCCGAAUCUUACAGGGAUUGGUAGAGGGUGUCACCUAUCCAGCAUGUCAUGGUAUCUGGCGUCACUGGGCUCCACCCUUAGAACGCUCUCGUUUAGCAACACUAGCGUUUUGUGGAUCAUACGCUGGUGCUGUGGUCGGGAUGCCUUUAUCCGGUAUACUAACGCAAUACAUAGGAUGGCAAGCUUGCUUCUACUUUUAUGGUGCAUUUGGUAUAAUUUGGUACGUGUUUUGGUUCAUAUGUUCGGCAGAAAAACCUUCUAAAGAUCCUACUAUAACAGAGGCAGAGUGUACAUAUAUACAGGAGGCACUGGGUGGAACUGAAACAUUCAUAAGUAAUAAGAGUUUAAGUACGCCAUUUAGAGCAUUCUUCACAUCGAUGCCCGUCUAUGCCAUUAUGGUUGCCAAUUUCUGCCGUAGUUGGACGUUUUAUCUUCUUAUCAUCAGUCAGCCUAUGUACUUUAGUCAAGUAUUGAAAUAUGAUAUAUCUAAGAGUGGGCUUUUAUCUGCCGUUCCCCAUAUGAUAAUGACGUUUGUGGUACCCUUUGGUGGAAUUCUUGCAGAUAGACUUCGUUCAAAAGGUUUACUUAGCACGACAGCAGUGAGAAAGGUUAUGAAUUGUGGGGGUUUUGGUAUGGAAGCAAUAUUCUUAUUAGGAGUUGGAUACACAAGAGACAAAACAGUCGCGAUUACAUGUCUGACAUUAGCAGUAGGAUUUAGUGGUUUUGCCAUAUCAGGAUUCCAAGUUAACCACUUGGACAUUGCACCCCGCUAUGCCAGUAUCUUGAUGGGACUUUCCAACGGCGUCGGGACACUUGCUGGGAUGUUGUGUCCUUUAGUCGUGGCACAUCUUACAAAACAAAAGACAUCUAAGGAAUGGGAAACAGUGUUCCUUAUAGCGAGUUUGGUACACUUCUCUGGUGUUGUAUUCUAUGCUAUAUUCGCCUCUGGUGAGAAACAGCCAUGGGCUGAACCACAAAAUACCGUUGGGGGCUACCAACAAUGGGGUGACGAUCCUGAUGAUGACCCCUGUAUGACUAAAUCUGAUUCCAUACAUAGUAACAAGCUAACUAGCUAUGGCUCUACUGCAACUUCUAGAGACUCUGGUGCAGACACUUUAAACGAGACCCAGCGUCCCCUAUAUGACGUAGGGUAUAACCAAAAUGCACCACCUUUAUUUGAAACGCUACCAGAACCAGUUCAAAUCCAAGCUAAAGACCGGUAUAUGAACGGAACAAUAGAGGAUAGGGAAUUUUGACACAGAAGAUUGAAAAACGAAUUUUAUACAUUAACUAUUGACUCUGUUAUUGUUAAGGUAGUAAAAAAGGUGUUAAAAUGUACCACAAAAAUACAAUGUUAAGUAUAUCUCGUGUGCUAAUUAGAACAUGAAAACAAAUUUCUAAUAAUGAACACGUAAUAAUUAUGUUAUUGGAAUUUCACACUUCCGUAAGUGAAACACAUGUUUUAGGAAGCCAUUAUAGAUUAUUCUAGUGUUGCGAUGGACUGCAUGUAUUUAAUUUAAAAAUGUAUCACCUAAUCCAGCAAUAAAUAACGCAUAAAUAAAAAAAUAUGAAUUAUUAUUCCAUGAUGGCGAAAUUCCCUGCAACCUGAUUGGUCCAUGUGACUCAAAUAUAUUCUGUAUUUACACGCGCUCUCAACUUAGCGAAGGAUACAGAGUGA